GCAUUGAGAAGGACAGAGCAGAGGGAUAGAGGUAUAGCAUUGAGACACAGAGAAGAACAGAGGGAAGACGGAGUGGGAAGGAGAGACGAAGAGGGGAGAUCCUAGCAAGGCAGGAAAAUAGGAGGGAAGAACAGAGAAGAACAUAAGAGAAGAGGGCAGAGAAAACAGCGAGGAGAUAGCAGAACAGCAGAGAGUGGAAGAGGAUAGAGGAGAGCGAGGAACAGCAGAGAGGAAGAGUGGAGAGGGGAAGAGCAGAGAGAAGGAGAGUGAGGGACAGCAGAGAAGAGAGCCGAUACAAGGAUCCGCUGUAAUCCCACGCUAGAGAUGGCGGCUCACCGGCUGGUGUUGAUCAGACACGGGGAGAGCACUUGGAACGAGGAGAACCGCUUCUGCGGCUGGUUCGAUGCCGACCUGUCCCAGACGGGGACGCGGGAGGCGAGCAGGGGUGGCGAGGCUCUGAGCGACGCCGGCUACCAGUUCGACCUGUGCUACACGUCGGUGCUGAAGAGGGCCAUCCGCACCCUGUGGGCCGUGCUGGAGGGGCUGGACCAGAUGUGGCUGCCUGUGGUGAAGAGCUGGCGGCUCAACGAGAGGCACUACGGAGGACUGACCGGCCUCAACAAGGCGGAGACCGCGGCCAAACACGGGGAGCAGCAGGUCAAGAUCUGGAGGAGAUCCUUCGAUGUUCCCCCUCCUCCCAUGGAAGCCGACCACGACUACUAUGCCAUCAUCAGCAAGGACCGUCGCUACACUGACCUGUCGGAGGAGCAGUUGCCUUCCUGCGAGAGUCUGAAGGACACCAUUGCCCGUGCCCUGCCCUUCUGGGAGGAGGAGAUCGUGCCGCAGAUUAAAGCCGGGAAGCGGGUGCUGAUCGCAGCUCACGGCAACAGCCUGAGAGGAAUCGUCAAACACCUGGAAGGCAUGUCCGAGGAAGCCAUCAUGGAGCUGAACCUUCCGACGGGAAUCCCCAUCAUGUACGAGCUCGACAAGAACCUGAAGCCAGUCAAGCCCAUGCAGUUCCUGGGAGAUGAGGAGACAGUGCAGGCAGCCAUGGCUGCCGUAGCAGCCCAGGGCAAAGCUAAGAAAUGAAGCUCGGCACAGAGAGAGCUGUGUAGAAAGAUCAGUAGAAACCCACCGUAUAGCUUCUCAAAAAUAUUCCAUAAAUGGUUCUGCAAAACCAUGAGACCACAUAGCUCCUUUGUUUUAGAACACAAAGUGCUGGAGUAAUUUGGCGGGUCAGGCAGCACCUCUGGAGGACAUGCAUAGGCAAUGUUUUGGGUCAGGACCUAUCUUCAGAGUCUGAAGUACACAGAUGAUAGUGGAGGCCAAGUCAUUGGGUAUUUCUAAAGCAGAUGUUGGCAGGUUAUUGAUUAGGAAAGGCGUCAAAGGUUAUGGGGAGGGCAGGAAAAUGGAUCAGCCAUGAUCGAAUGGCAGAGCAGACUCGAUGGGCUGAAUUGCCUAAUUUUGCUCCAAUGGUCUUAUGGUAAUGGAUCGUAUACUCCAAAGAUGUUGCCUGACCCGCUUCAUUAUCCCAGUAUUUUGUGUUUUAUGCAAGACUCCAGCAUCUGCAGUUUCUUGUGCCUAGUUCACAGUUGUAUUGUCGAAUCACCAUAUCCAGUGUUUGGUGAGCUGGCUUGAUGUGUCCUCUAUGCCCUUUUCCAUGUCUUCUCUCUCUAAUUUUGUCUUCUCCUCUUUGUCCUCCCUUCUCCUUUGUCUGUUGGAGCAUGUGACCUGACAGGUAUAUAAAAUUAUGAGAGGCAUAGAUAGGGUAGACUGUCUAAACCUUUUUCCCAACAUGGAAACAAAUCAAAUAUUAGAGGGCACAGCUUUAAGGUGAGAGGGGCAAAAUUUUAAGGAGAUGCGUGGGGCAGAGGGAGAUAGGUGCUUGGAACGCACUGCCAGGGGUGGUCAUGAAGGCAGAUACGGUAAUGGUGUUUAAGAAGUUUUAUACGUACAAAAAAUGAUCACAAGCUGCACUGAACUUAGAAACAUAGAAACAUAGAAAAUAGGUGCAGAAGUAAGCCAUUCGGCCCUUCGAGCCUGCACCGCCAUUAGUAUGUACAGGCUUGGCCAUGUUAAUUGUUGGGGCAUAAGAACACUUUGGAUCAAGAUGAUGCAUCAAGAUCGCCAACGAGAUCAUUAGUCCCGUUCACCUUGACAAGGGAAGAGUAGAGUUGGCACCCGUGCAUCGGCGAGAGAUGGUGCUGGGGCUUUGACAUUGUCCUGCAUGAGGUGGGGAAUGUUCAUCUGUGCUUCUUGGGGCGGCACAGUGGCGCAGCAGUAGAGUUGCUGCCUUGCAGCACAGAUACCCAGGUUUGAUCUGGACUACAGGCGCUGCGUGUACAGAGUUUGUACGUUUUCCCUGUGGGUUUUGUCCAGGUUUUCCAGUUUCCUCCCACACUCCAAAGAUGUGCUGAUUUGUUGGUUAAUUGGCUUAGGUAAAAAUUGUCUCUAGUGUGUAGGAUAAUGCUAGCGUUUGGGGUGAUUGCUGGUCGGCACAAACUCGUUGGGCCGAAUGGCAUGUUUCUGUGCUGCAUCUCUAAAGUCUGGUUGCAUCUCCUGCUGUAGCUGACUAGGCCUAUCUGUGACAGUCAGUCCCUCAAAGUCAAAGUCAAAGGUGAAGUUGUCUCUGGCCAUUGGAUUGGGGAGUGAGUUGCUGUUGGGGUUGACCAUUUUGUGGCGUCGGCGCCUGGCCUCAUGUACGGAAUUUGCAUGCUCUAUCUGUGACCGCGUGGAUUUCCUCCUCAUGCUCUGUUUUCCUUCCACAUCCCAAAGACGUGCAGGUUUGUAGGUUAAUUACCUUCUGCAAAUUGUUCCUAGUGUGUAGAAUAGAACGAGUGUAGUGACUGUUGGUCAGCGAGGACUCGGUGGGCCGAAGGGCCUAUUUCCACACUGUAUCUCUAAAAAAAAUUAAAACAAAUCUGGGAUUUUUGCUUGUGUACAGCAAUACUUCACU